GUAAGUUUGUCCGUUUCAGACACACGCGUUUGGACCAUUGGCCACUCAGCAUCUACUGGUCCACAUCUCCGUUAGCCCACACACACACGCGACAGUGCAUCGGAAAACUCACAUGAUAUGACAGCCGAGACUUAUCCGGCUCGAAGGACCAACGGACCGAGUUAGAAGGAUUUUUCGUUAAGUGCGAUCGAAGAACAACAACAGUGCGAACUAUCUGAAAAGUGUUUAAGUGAAAAUUGCCAUGGACUUGUUCUAGCAAUCAUCGGAAAAACAGCAUCCAGGCAAGAUGAGGAUCAAGAUGCCAGCGGUGCGGAUUGCACAAGUAGACGCAGAUGGCAACGACCCACAGAGCCACCAAGACAUCCUGACAUGCGGUGCCUGCCAAAAGCCCUUCGCCCUCUCAGACAUAGUCUGCUUCAUCCAACACAAGAUAGCCUCGUGCAACAAAGAGAAUUUCGGACAAUGUUUCACCAACACAGACAGAGAAAGAGACAACGAUGACGAAGCCAUACCACUGACCACAAUAAACACAAGACGGCCUAGUAUAAGCGCCCCCAUCUCUAGUAAAAAAUCUACGGGGAGCAGGGUUCACACACCUCCACCAGCUUCCCCAAGGUUGUUAGCACCAGCUGACCUCUGUGUAGAUGGCGCUGCCUCUUCCACUCCCAUAAGGAGAGGAUCGGCUACUCCUCUAACUACCUCAAGCCCUGAAGAAGGCGAUGACAUCAAACCUAGUAUAAAGAGGGAAAGGUCGGAGUUCUCUUCGUCACCUGAAGAUCACAGUCAGAACAAGAAGUCUAGGACGGAGGUGGCGGAUGCUGAAUCCAACACCACUCACAGCGAACCCAGCAAUUAUGUAUGUUGCACAUGUAAGGCGCGUCUGCACUCAGCAUGGAGGCUGGUUCAGCACGUUCAAAAUUCCCACGGUAUCAAGAUUUACGUGGACAACUACUCCUCCAGCAAAAACAACCACAGUACCAGCAGCGCAAGCAGCAGUUCCUCGGGGUACUCCACUGGCAGCGGUGCCCCCACGUUACCCAACUUGAGGCAUCACGUGUUCCCCCCACCAGACCUUCACAAUCCUUUCAGUUUGCUGAACAGGAUACCAACUUUAAAUCACAAUCCAGUUCCUCCAGCUCCGCUCUUUCCAAGACCAGACCACCAGUUCAGGAUCGAUCAGUUGGUAAACGAGCAGUUCAGGCACCACAGCCUGAGUUUGGCGGCAGCGGCGGCGGCUGUAGCAGCUGGCGGGGUACCUCCACCCCACCCCAGUUUUCCCAACAGUUCCGACCCAAGUUCUGCAGUUCCAUGUCUUCCCAACAGAGACAGAAACCUAGCGAGUCAACCUAUCAAAAUGGAACCACAGCAGGAUUUUUACUCGCAGCGGUUGAGGCAACUAGCUGGUGCAACCAGCCCCGGGGCGGCUCAGGCGAGCUCACCGCUACCCCGCAAGCUCUCACCGCCUUUUACAAGUCCCUCGCCUUCGCAAAUACCGCCCUCAGCAGCGCCAAGCAACAAUUUGAGCGUCAGCAGCAGCAGCACAAACGGUAACAACAACAACAGCACCAGUUCUGGUGGAAGUAGACCUCCAAGUGCUUCGCCGCAAGCUGAAGAAGACAACGUCCAACCCCUGGUUCCUACUCCUAGACUAUCCACACCCCCAACGACCAACCAAAAUGUUCCUGCAGAAUCGCCGAAGGUUAAGAACGAAGUUGAGCAAUGUUACACUUGCGAAUAUUGCCCAGAGAAGUUCUCGUUCCAAGACAGUCUGGAUGAGCACAAAAAGAUACACAACGACGGCGUUUUCAAAUGCAAAAUGUGCGAAUACACCUGCUUCAAGAGAUCCAAGCUCAAAUCUCACAUGAAAAUACAUCGAACUCCUGACGACAAAGAAAGCAACGCCGGUUCUGUAGAGACUGGUGAUGAUUCUGAGGAAGAAGAUGAAGAUAUGGAGGAAGAGGAGGAUGAAGACGAGGAAAUGGACCAAGAGGAGGAAGCUGAAGAUCUUAGCCUCCCGAGUCAGGGUCACCAAAAAAACUCCCUCCAAUCCGCCAACUUGGUGGGGGAAUUGAUGGAUAAAUUUGGGUUGAGCAAUAUAGCCCAGUACAGCGAAGCUUACAGACAAGCUGUAGAAGAAUCCAACACCAAAAUCCUAGUGAAUAAAGACAGAGAUAAUAACAACAGCACAGUACUAAACAAUCACAUGAAAUUGUCAGCGGAUUUCGCCAAAGGGAUGCUGCCUGUACCACCACCACAACAUCUACCCUUAUUCCCACCUUUCAACGACUCCUUCGACUCCAGAAGGAUGAAGAUGGAGUUUGAAAGGGGAGAUUGGUGGCUACCCAACCUACCUAGGGGUGAAUCCAAAGGCUUGCCUGGACCUAGCACCCUUAUCCCAAACCAGUUGAUCAAGAAGGAGAACAGGAGGAACGACACCUGCGAAUUCUGCGGUAAAGUGUUCAAAAACUGCUCGAACCUGACAGUGCACCGAAGGUCACACACCGGUGAGAAACCCUACAAGUGCGAGUUGUGUUCCUACGCGUGCGCGCAGAGUUCUAAACUUACGCGACACAUGAAGACGCAUGGCAGGAUCGGUAAAGACGUUUACAGAUGCCGGUUCUGCGAAAUGCCCUUUUCAGUUCCUUCCACCCUGGAGAAGCACAUGAGGAAAUGUGUGAUGAACCAGGGAAAGAGCCAUCUGUUGGGCAGCAUGUCUAUGUGCGGCGACGAAGAUUCCUCCACAAGUCUGAACUCGAAGGAGGUGACAUGACUCUUUCCCUGGGGCGGUCUAAGGCUGCCUCCCCACCCACCGAGUCUAACGUACUAACUAGUCCCAGAAUUAUAGAAAAUUAUUGUUGUAAACAGUCUGUUGAUUCGAAUGUACUUAAAAUCUUCCUAUUUUUUAUUUAUUAUUGGAGAAUGGGUCCCUUUUCUCCAUUUGUAGCAGAGAGAAGCGACUCUUUUGAAUUGUUGUCAGAAUGUGAGAAAGACAAGAAGAGCAUGUAGCAUUUUCCUAAACGGCGAAUACCGUCAAUGUAUUCGUUUUUUGUGAGGUCCGUCAAGUUCUGAAGAAGAUGCUACGAGCAAGUGAAAAUCUCAGGUGGUUUUUCAUUCCAGUGACUUGAGGGCUUGAGCUGGACUUGGAAAUAGAUGAUAUUUUUCGAAUACCCUUUUCUCUUGUUCUGCGUAACUGAUACCAAAGCAAUGUUUAUUAUUUUGUAUUACUAUUGAAAAUGGUUUAUUGAGUUUAUACAUACUUAACUAGAAUAUAGAUUGGAUUAAUGUAUAUUUGUAAUUAGUCGUUAGGUUAUGAUUUCGAGACUGAAAGGGCUUAAGGUGAAUCAAUACCGAUACUUACCUCCAUUUUUAGGCCCACCUUGUACAUUCCCCGAUCAUAUCAUUAUGGCCAGUAGCCUGACUGUAUAUAUACCAGUAUUUAUUGAACCAACAGUUCUUCACUUUAAUGUACAAAAACUGUUUUACUUAAACUACUAAGCACCAUGAGUGAAAUAACGAAUUUUACGUUUUCGACCGAAUUAUCGAUUUCUGAUAUGUAAGAUUUGAUUUUCCGUUUGGUAUUUCACUUAUGAUGUUUCUUGGUUGUAAUGAAUGUAUAGUAUUAUUAUUUAUUUGAUAGUUUCAAGUUUCUCGAAGUUACUUAUCUCGGUGUUAGAAAGGAAGAACACCCUGUGUAUCAUCGAAUAUGUUGAAAACUUCCGAAAAAUGGUAAAUGUGCAUGUAUACUGAAAUUGUUGCGCAUUUUGGGCGUUCACAAAACUAAAUGUGUUCUCAUAACCUUUUUUUAUUCAUUGUAGGCGAUCAUAUGAUUUCUCAUAGUUUUUAUCAUUGUUACUUUGUUUUAUCGUUGAAAUAAAUUAUAUAAAAAUUA